CCCCCCCCCCCCCUCUGUUGCCACUGUGUGCUGUAUGUUGUCAGUAAAUAAAGGAACCGAGCAGUUUUGACUUUCCAAAAUUCAGAAAGCGCAGACCGUACAAGGGCAGAAUAAUUCUAUUAUGUGUGUGGAAGCUAAAGCUUAACAAAAUAAACCGUGGACGGUAUUUAAAAUCCUCAUGGAUCUGGAACUUGGCAACCUUCAAUGCAGACUGAAUCUGAAGUGGUAUUUGAGGCCACUGAUUUCAUCAUUGAUAUUUCAACCCCUCACUCAUAUUAGCCAUUGACCCACUGAUUGGAACACUUGCAUAACAAGUUAAUUGAGAUCUGUACUGGACAGACUGGAGCUAAUGUGUGAGCAGCAGAUACUGAGUGGGGCCAUCUGUUACGGUAGGGGGGGCUGGUGGUAUUGAAUGGAGGCUUUCUGAUCAGCUGACAGAACAUGGGAGGGUCCCCCUGCUGUCAUCCGCAGUGGACCGGCCUCAGCAGUCUUAAAGGUCAGGCCCCUAAAAUUAACAGACAACUGAAUGUACAAGUGACAGAGCUGCAGGACACCCAGCUCAAAACCACAGCCUCUACGUCUUCAUUUGUAGUUUUUAAUCUGAGGAAAUGCUGAGACUGAUCCCUGAUCCUGGAUGUAUUGUGUGAAGACAGAUGUGCCUGUGCUUACUUUCCUCUGUCGGGAGAGGGAGGGCAUUGGAAAGGGGGGGGGAGACGUGCAGCCUGAGCCAAUCGCUGAUGCAUCCUUUGUAGACUGGUCGUCCUUUUACAGGCUGCUGGCAUGCGGUGCUAUAUUAAAGAGACGCCUCCCACAGCUGCACCUGACAGUUCACAGCACUGACUCGGCUGAGAGGGGGGGGGGGGGGGAAGGCGCUCCGGUCCCAGUUGCUCUUUGCAUCACUUGCGGGAGCGACAUUUCUCAACUGAAGCUUCUUUUCAUGAAGCGUAUGAGCUGAAACAGAGUACACUGCUCCCUGCUGGCACGGGGCUCCGUGGAUUUUUUUCUUGCUGUGGUUGUCAUUUUCUGAUCCAAGUAAAAGUGUAAUGCUGUACUUAAUGCCAACAUUAGUUUAUUCUCCUGCAGAAGAAUCCUGAGGACAAUUUUAUACGUUCUUCAUCUGUCGAUUUGAAGGUGACCAGUCUCCUCCGUUUUUCAUAGGAAGGACCGUCUCUAUCUUCUAAAGACAAAAACUGCUUCAAAAGACAAAUCGUCCUCUGGAUCUGUGGACGUCAGUUGGACGCACUUUUCAAUUAUAAUUUCUGUACAACUUGCUUCAUCUAGCAAAUGGAGUGACUCUCCCUUGGGACAGUUUCGAGCCAAAUCUCUGCACCCCAUAUGGCGAUGCGGAUGGUCAUGGUCAAAUUUAGUCUUGAACCCACAACCCACCGCGCUUCAUGAAGAGGUUUGGCAGCCUGAGGAGGAGCAAGAAACGGAAGGAGCAAGACGGGCUAGGAGGGCGGCAUCAGUCCGAGUCGUCAUGUCUGUCUGCCUCUGGACUCUCCACACCACCCACCACCCCAACCCAGGCUUGCAGCCAACCUGUGUUCACCCAGGAGGCCCAGCCGAGCGGGCCCAGCCCUGAACGCCUAGAGGCGAGCACCCGAUCCCGCUCGAUCUCCACGCCUCCAGGCACAGGACAGCGCCUCGGCCUUCCCUUUGCUAAACCCCCGAUUGCUUCCUCGAGCCCUGUGCCAUCCUACUCUACCUCGCAACAAGUCUACGGUUUAUUCGAAGGCAUGCUGGAGAAACUUGAACUAGACGAUGAUGCUGCUGAACCUGAGAGUGAUAUUUACAUGCGCUUCAUGAAAUCCCACAAGUGCUAUGACAUCGUCCCCACGAGCUCCAAGCUGGUUGUGUUCGACACGGCACUCCAAGUGAAGAAAGCGUUCUUUGCCUUGGUAGCCAACGGUGUGCGAGCUGCUCCACUAUGGGACACAGAGAAGCAAAGCUUUGUGGGAAUGCUGACAAUCACAGAUUUCAUCAUCAUACUACACCGAUACUAUAAGUCGCCAAUGGUGCAAAUAUAUGAAUUGGAGGAACAUAAGCUCGAGACGUGGAGAGAGGUUUACCUUCAAGCGACAUUCAAACCUCUGGUCAACAUAUCGCCUGACGCAAGCCUAUUCGAUGCAGUGUACACACUCAUCAAAAACAAAAUUCACCGCCUGCCUGUCAUCGACCCCGUCACGGGGAAUGCACUUUAUAUUCUCACACACAAGAGGAUCCUCAAGUUCCUCCAGCUUUUUAUGUGUGAAAUGCCGAAGCCAGCUUUCAUGAAGCAGACUCUCGGUGAGCUGGGCAUUGGUUCGUACCACGACAUCGCUUUCAUCCACCCGAACACGCCCAUCAUCAAAGCACUCAACAUUUUUGUGGAGAGGAGAGUGUCCGCCCUGCCUGUGGUGGAUGAGUCGGGCAAAGUUGUGGAUAUUUACUCCAAGUUUGAUGUGAUUAACUUGGCUGCUGAGAAGACGUACAACAAUCUGGACAUUACGGUGACGCAGGCUCUGAAACACCGCUCUCAGUACUUCGAAGGAGUCAUGAAGUGCCAUAAAAUGGAAACGAUGGAGACCAUCGUGGACAGAAUCGUCAAAGCCGAAGUGCAUCGGUUGGUGGUGGUGGACGAGCGCUCAAGCAUCGAGGGCAUCGUCUCCUUGUCCGACAUCCUCCAGGCCCUGGUGCUCAGCCCCGCAGAUGCCUGUAAGGAGGAGACCCUGGCUGAGUGAGAGGGAGGAGGCGUCGGCUGGAGUGGAGACGUGGUGGGAGUAAAUAAGUUCGGUGGUUGAGGUGAGGCGGAGCCGGUGUGAAGAUCCUAGAGGCCCCUGCAACGGAUGCACUGUAGAGGCUUGGAAACCAAAGAGCUAGACCGCUGAAUGAAGUGGAGUUCCUGCACUGAGGAUGGAUUUUCUGAGUUUUUGUUUUGUUUGAACACUGAUCAGAUACACGCACACAGUAUACUGUAUUUAUACUCGGACACAGACGUAGAGAUGCAUUAAGGUCACUUGCUUGGUGAAAGGUGGGGAAGUCUAGACUGCUCCUGAUGAAUUAGGGCUCCAGUGUUUUGGGUCGUGUAGUUGCGAUCAUGCUGCUGUCAUCGGUUGAUUUCUAGUCGCAUUUCGUAGUCGAUACUGAAUGUCAACACCUCCGGGAAAACGUCUGUUUUUGGUGUAGGAAGGUGAACAGUCAAAGAUGCAACUUAUUGUUUGGUAGAAAAAUUAAACUUAAUCUGAAAUGUGGCUGUUAAAAAAAAAAAAAAAAAAAAGCUUGAUGCUUAAUCUUAAUUUGUGCCUUUGUUGCCCUGUCCACACCACUUAACACUGACAAGAAUUUGUGUCCUUGGAUUUUUUUUAUUUUUUUUUUGUCAAAUGAGUGCAAUUAUACUACUAAUUCACAUACAUAUUUUUCUUUAUUUGGUUGUAUUUUUCUCUGAUUUUAAACCAUGUCUGUGGAAGAUCUAAUUCAAAGAAUAUGCUAAAUGAAAUAAAAAUAAUUUUGGCACAAAAACACACAGUAGUUGGAGGCAAACACAACGGUACCCCAAAAAGGAUCAGCCAGUGAGUACUUAUCACUCAUUUUGCAUCAGAAGUCAUUUAUACUCAUUGCUACUUAAGGAUGCGUUUUUGUAACGUUAUUACACGACCGGGAAGUCUUUUCAGAUAUUUAAAAAAACUUUUGUUACAUUUACUUUCCAAUUGUUUUGAUGCUUCAGAUAAUCUAAUACUCGCAAACAAGCAAGAACUGUUAUCUCUGCUGUAGCUCGACAGGACUCAUCUCCAUCUUUGGCUGUAAAUAGGAUCGUUUUUGUUCGGGAAACGUGUCACACAAAGCUUUAUUUUUAUGAAUGUGUCAACAGAGACUGCGGUUUUAAUGUUAUUUUUGUAAAUAUAUUGUGGCAAUAUGUCCGGUUCAAAGAGACUUUGUAUCAGAACAAAAUGUACUGUAAAACGUGCAAGCAUGAGAAACUACACUUCAGCAGUAUGAAUGUCCUUUGUUUUACUUUUUUCUAUUUUUCUGGCUGCAGAAAAAUAAAUGGACACUGAAUGUACUUUAAA